CGCUGCUCUGUGAAGGCGGCAGGCCUGGAGGUACAAGCCGCGCAGGGAAGCGCUCGGAACGGGCCUUACAGGGGGGCGACACGGCUUUUGGGUGGAGUUCUGCCGGACCAAAGGAAUGUGACACUCCGACAGGGAAGGAGACGCACAGCCGGGGAAUAUCGGCGGUGACAGCGGAGAGAGAGAGAAAGAGAAAGAGAUACCUAUCGGCAGACCUAGACAAGGAAACCUGCAAGUUUCUGCAAAGCAGUUCCAACCCUUCCCCCCUUACCUUUCUUCACCCGAGCCCUAACCUUUGAUCCCAACCUUCUCCAAUCAUGGCACACCGGUCUCAAGUUCAUCGUGGUGAUAACCCCCUGGACCCCAACUACCUGUCUCCACACUACCGUGAGGAGUACCCGCCUAGCUAUUGACGCUUGAUAGAGGAAGACUUACAGGGCUACUAUGAGUUCCUACAGCGUGCUGAAGUGGUUGAUUUCCUGGCACGGCCUGAAAUUGAACAUAUCAAGGCCACAAUCCAAGGACCCAACCUGACCUCCAACAUGCCAGAGCUGACUUACCAUGACAGAGGUUGUGAGGCUGAGGGAUCUUCGGACACUUACUGGCCGGUGCACUCAGACCUGGCUGCCCCAGGACUGGACCUGGGCUGGCCGAUGCAGCAGCACAGCUUCAUAGGGCCUACAGAGGUCACCACCCUGGUUAACCCCUCCGACCCAGAUAUGCCAAGCAUCAAGGAGCAGGCCAGGAGACUCAUCAAGAACGCACACCAAGUUAUUGCUGUGGUGAUGGACAUGUUCACAGAUGUUGAUAUUUUUUCUGACCUGCUGGAUGCCACAGCUCGUCACAUUCCUGUCUACAUUCUACUGGAUGAGCAAUGCCAUCACUUUGUUGCUAUGGUCACCAGCUGCAGAGUCAACUUGGACAUGAUUCAUAUGAUGCGUGUGCGGACUGUAGCAGGGAUAACAUAUUUUUGCCGGUCGGGGAAGUCCUUCAAGGGGCAAGUGAAAGACCGCUUCUUAUUGGCUGACUGUAGGGCUGUACUCAGUGGGAACUAUAGUUUCAUGUGGUCCUUUGAGAAGAUCCACCGCUGCAUCGCCCACCUCUUCCUGGGGGAACUUGUCACCACCUUUGAUGAAGAGUUUCGGAUUCUCUAUGCUCAGUCACAGCCUCUAGUUAUUGACCAAUCCAUUGUGCCACUUCCCAAUUCUGAGACAAGCAGCACCAGCAGUUACUUCAGCAGCCAGUUUGGUUUGAAGAGAAGCCAAUCACUGCGGAAUCCCAGGGGUUUCCUCCGGCAGCCUGAGAUUCCUUCUGCCUUCCCCUAUGGAGACUCAGAUCGGAACCCUGCACUUCCCUUCCGGAGGAACGACCUGUUUCGUCACACAAUUGAACCUGGGGCUGGAAUUACAAUUGGAAAGUAUUCACAGCAGCAGUUCCGUCUGCAGCAGUCAUUCAUGGAGCAGGGAAGGUCUAUUGUGUCCAGACAAAUGGAGAUGAGUGCCAGUGCCCUUCAACGGCACAGCUAUGCAGAGGGAACUCAAGAGAGCUACACUUCCGCCAGGCACUACAUGAAGCACAGAGUCAUGAGUAAUCUGGAGGAAACAGACCUCCACAGAGAGCGGACGCAAGGUCAUUUCUAUCAUGAAGGGCCUGGGCCUGGUUCUGGCCAUGGACACUACGAUGCACUUCGACGCCCUGGUUCCCACCUUGCGCUAGACCAGUAUUCAGACUCAAGCUUCCGAUCAGACCCGGAGCCCCCUGCUGCUGAAAGCUUUAGUCGAAACUUCCUUUCAUCUGAUGACCUGAGAGGACCUGAUGGGCUCCAGGGACCUCCAGUAGCAGGGAGAUAUGGUGGUGGUUCCACCAAUAAGAGACCAACUUUAGGCCAGUCCUAUGCCUGUCAGAGCUCCCCCACACAGCCCCACCCUCAUGAGAAGCAACAGUUUCCCAAGCAAUCUGAUCAAGAGCGGGAUCAAGACUCAAGUGUUAGGCAAGGCCUGAGAAGUUGGAGGAUCAGCUCCUAUCUCAGCGCUUAUGAGGAUGGUGGAGAGGAAGGCCUGCCCCAACCUAUGGGGCCUGAUGCAUUUGAAGAACCACCACCAUCUCAGCAGCCAACUACCGCUGAACUUUCAGUACCGCGUUUUGGGACAAAGGACCAACCAAGUGUUACUUCAAAGCUCAGACAAGACAUUCUUAGACCACGCUUUGGAAAGCCGAUCAUACCUGAGGAUAAUGAUAAAGACUCUGGUCUGAAAUCAACCAGGGAUCUGAUUCUAUCAGGAGGUAGCUACAAGCCACGGGUACCUGAGAAGGAAGAGAAAGAGGAGGAGAGAGAGAGAGAAUGGGAGAGGAGUGGAGCAAGGGAGGUGGGUGUGGAUGUGGAGGUGAAAGAAGCUCCAGAUGUCAUGCUGUCCAAGCAUGAGUCUUUCCGCACACGAAUUAACCCGCUCCUUCAAAGGAGCUCUCGUCUACGCUCCUCUCUUAUAUUCUCAUCGUCUAAGGCUGAAAUACACAGUGGUAGUCUUGGUCUGAAAACAGCUACAGAGGAAGAUGAGGGGCUUGACACAAUCCGCACCUCCUCGAUUGUGGCCCAGAUCCUAGAGAAGAGGAGGUCAACAUCUCGGGAGCCUUUUGAAUGGAGGAAGAAAGCUGAGGAAAAGCAGACGGAGAUGGUGAAAGAGCCAGAGAAAGAGAAACAGUUGAAAGUUGAGUCUCAAGCAAAAGAGGAACUUCAAAAAACUGAAACAGAGGAAAAAGCUCUACCACCUCAAGAGACCCCUCAAGUCAACACAGAAUCCCGCAAACCCCAGGAAACACCAACUCUGAACAUGAACGAUCCGGCCAGUCGACUCCAGUAUUUCAAGGAGCUGGCUGCCAAGAGGAAAUCCUCAAAGAUGGGAACAGAGUCAUCGUUAAAAGCCGCAGAGCCUGCUGAAAAAAAGCCAGAUCUCUCUGAUAAGUCUCCUCCAGUUACAACAGUUCCCAAUAUUCCAUCUGUCUCUGUCACCCCAGCAGACCCUGAACCAAAGAAGCCAGACCUCUCAUCAAAAGUGGCAGAGCUCACUCCUAAACCUUCCCUUAGUGCCUCAAAGCCACCUGUGAUCUCUGCCAAGCCAUCGGUAACCCAUCUGAAGCAUUUAGAGGACAACUUCAACUCAUAAAGAGGAGAAUGUUCCAGAGAAAAAGAUCUAUUCAAGUCCCUAAAACCCCUUCCUUCACCCAAAAUCUUCAAAAGGGAUCCCCUGAAACUGAAAGGAUUGAAUCCUCGUCGUGUGUCCUGUGGUGAGGAGAUUCUGACAGCAGAUGCUACAGAUGCAGAGAAGAGUGAGCUUAAAAAGAGCCGCUCUCAUAGCUCUUCAACUAUGACACGUGCUGAAUCAAAGGAUGGACUUCAAAAGAUCAUGGGCUCUAAUACGUCGAUCAACACACUAUCAGGUGAGGGGAAGGGUGAGGGAAAGCCACUUGAUUUCCUGAAGAAGCAAACUCAGAGGCCUAAAAGGGUUCCUGGGACCCAAGAUAAGGAAAAGAAAUCUGCAGCAGGAUCAGAUGAUAGGGACUAUGAGCACUGUAAGAGGAAGACUGAAACUCUGGCCACAAAGCCAAGUUCAUCCUCUAAAGACACGGGGUCCGCCACCUCUGACCAAAGCACAGCCAAUCACAAAACGGCAACAGACGCAGGCUCGUCCCGGUACCAGACCUCCAGCAGCUAUGUUCUGUUCAGCAGCAACCUGCGAGAUGAUACCAAAGUCAUUCUGGAGCAGAUCUCAGCCAACAGCCAGAAGAACCGACAGGAACGAGAGGAAGCAGGAGGGGACAAAGACAGUGAUGGGGGGGAGAAAGGGGGAGAGAGACAAAACUCCCUGAGAAGGAACCGAUUCCUGCGACCACAGGGACUAGUCAGGAUGCGAGAAGGUUUGCUGAAGAGGAUAGAGAGCCUGAGGAAGGAGAAGAAGGUCUACAGUCGCUUCGAGAUGGGGAAUAGCCUGGAUAACAGAAGAUGGAGGAGAGACCUUUUGUAAGGAGACUAUGCAAAAUGAUCAAAAAGACUCAUUGUUCAUAUGUGCCAAUGACACGAUGAAAGUACCUCUACAGGUUCUACACUGUAGCCUUGCUGGAUUUUCACACAAAGCAAUAAAACUUGAAAAAACAAACUAUAAAAAAUCUGAAAACAUUGAUGUUUUGGAGUUUGGAAUGCACCUGCGUGCCAAGACCGGGUACUUCUUUUGCCUUAUAUGGUGACUGAGAGAAAGAAGAGUGGAAUUACCUCCAUGUGGUGGAUGGAAUAAAGUUCUUCAACAAACAUCAUGGUAGGGCAACUUUUACCUCCACGGUAUGACUGGGUUGUAUUGUAUGCAUGUGAGCAACUAGUUAGAGGGAGUAACAGAAUGUGAGUGCAUGCCUCUUUGGCAGUUAGAAAGAAAUAAUUCAUGCCAGUCAACCAACAAGCCUGUAUAUACUGUAACUGCACAUGCCUAGUAUCAGUGCUGUGGUGUUAACAAAUGUCCUGUGUAUUUAUGACUUUGUGUGGAAAUGGUCAUGUUUAAAGUAGGUCUCUGUGGAAUUACGCUGUGCCACAGCCCGCCAAGGUCCUCAAUAAAACCCAGCACUAUUAUUAACCCAGGUACUCCAAAACCAAAUAUAGCAAGACAAGGAUAUGAAGUAGGAAAGAGGAACAGAGAUGGAGAAAAUUAUGAAGGGAGAAAAUGAUGAGCAAGUCUGUGAGAUUAUGGAGGGUGUGGAGCGAGACAAACCAGAAUGCAGUGAUAGAAAACUUUGUGCUAUAUUCACUACAAGUCUUACUUUUGAGAUAACAGCAAUAAUGUUCCCAUAGAAAGCUGAGCCUGUGGUGAACUUUAGCCUCUCAAGAAGUGGUAUGUGGUAUCUUUCUAUUAAGGUGUGGCCCUGCUUCUCGGGGAAUGAAUAUGUGAAACAACCCACUCAAAGAAGGACUAAGCCUGCUAGGGCACAGGAACAAAAACAAACAAAAAUAGAUUACUAUCACUAGUAGUCUCUAAGCAAUGUAAAGGAAAAUGUAAAACAUCUCCUCAUGAAUGACUUCAGCAUAUGGACAACUUCUGUAUGGCUGAAAAAUGUGCCCCUUAUCCCUGUCUCCUUCCUGACCUGUGUCAGAUUAGUCAUCACCUCCGUAGGAAAAGAGAAAGGAUAGCAACAUUUCAGUGCUGGAGGAGGGCCAUGCUUCAUAACAUGAGUGCUUAACUUGUGAAACCUACGCCCCUUUACAGCUUUGAUAACCUGUUUUUCAGUCUGUAAACACUCCACCAAAGGACUUGGCUUCUUGGUACACAGUUCCAAACCCUGAACACUAGCCCGGCAUCAAACCAUUUAGUGUUUUGUUUCUAGUGUUGUAUAAUAAAAAAUAAAUAAAUAAAUAAAAUACAAACUGGAGGCUCUAAAGCUGUAUUGGACCAGUUAAGACUAUAUUGUAUUCUGCUAGACAUGCUUCUGUAAAUACUUUGAUAAUAAAAGGGGUGGUUAAUAUUUUAAAUAACAGAUUAUGAUCACCUUCCCUGUGAUCUCAAAGUGCCUUGUAGUGUCAUUAUUCAAUUAAUGUGUGAAUAUGUGGUUUUGACAAAAAAAUUAAUUGGCAUUAAGGGUAA